AUGCCUUGGCACAUCUAUGGUCUUCUACUGGUUCUCUUUGUGUCUCCCCAGGCCUGCCUGGUGACAUCCCCCUGCCCCCAGGGCUGCUGCUGUCCCCGACAAGGGCUACUGGUACUCUGUGAAUCCCUGGGCCUGAGGUCCCUGCCCAUAUCAGUCCCCCUCAACACAUCUGUCCUAUCUGUGGCCCGGAAUCAGCUCUGCAACGUGGACCACCAGCUGCGGCCCUUCACUGGCCUCCAGGAGCUCAGCCUCAGCCACAACCAUCUGGCCCACUUCCCCAGGGGCCUUCCCCCAAGCUUGGAGACCCUCCAGCUGCAGGAAAACCGCAUCACGUUCAUCACCACCGGGGCCCUGCGUCAGCUGGGAAACCUCACCCGACUAGACCUGGAGGACAACCGCAUCCGUGCAAUCCAGCCAGGAGCACUGCUGCGUCUGGGCAGGCUGAAGGUUCUCACUCUGAAGGGGAACCAGCUGACCAGCCUGCCUCGGAAUCUGCCAGCCUCCCUUACCCACUUAGACCUGUCAGCUAACUGCAUCUCUGCCCUUGACCUGCCCUCUCUGAAUGCACUGGUCAACCUGCAGGUUUUAAAGAUCAACAGCAACUGCCUGCGCUCGGUGCCAGAGACAGCCUUUGAUGGCCUCCCGCGUCUCCACUCUGUGGAGCUGGCCAACAAUCUGUGGGUGUGCGAGUGUGACAUCCUGUACCUGUACUGGUGGUUACUGAGUGGAAGGCUAAAGAUGGCCACUGGCCUGGUUUGUGCUGAGCCAACACACCUCGCACAUCGUAUGAUCCUCACAUUAUCCGUCAUGGCUAUCUGUCCACGGGUCCUAAAGCCUAAUGAGAAAUCGCCUUUCCUCAGCUUCGCCACAAGGCCAGAGAUGAUUACCUCCACAGUGGUAACCACACAGUCUGCUUUCCUAAACUCACUCAUCAAAACCACUGGGGAUUCUGGAAGUUUAUCUGAUUCAUCAAAGCCAGCAUUGAAGAGGACAUACGCCAGUGUAGGGGAGCAAGCACCUUCCUCUCACCAAGAUUCUCCUCGGGCUCACCUUACGUCUGACAACUAUGCUUUGGAGGACCUAAGCUAUGAACAGUGCUUGUCUCUGAAUUCAAUAUCAUCAACAGCCCCAUCCAAGGAGCCUUCCACCACUACUUCACUUAUUGAGGAGCCCAGGUGUUUGGACAAUUCUACGGGCCAAUAUCCUCCUGGCAACUCCAGCACUAUGGAGUCAACAAGUUCCAGCAAUAAGAGUGGCUCUUUACCUGCACCCACUACCAAAAUAUUCAGCUUACAGGGCUCUUCAGCUGUCAUAGGCCUGUUGGCUGUGUUGUGUGUGCUGGUGGGCAUCCUCAUGCUUGCAGUGCUCUUGGUCCUGAAAAUGAGCCUUGCGCACAUCCAGAGGGUGGCACCACUUCAGCAAUCAUGA